GAACACAGCCCACGCCAUAAAAACGGGCGCCAACUCAGGAACUUGCCUCUUUAUAGCUGCGGCUCAGGAGUCGGUAGGGCGUGAUAGGUCUCGAGCCUCUCUCUCCCCCUCUCCAUUUGCCUGGUGACUUUUCCAGACUUCCUUGCCCGGGACGCCUUCGGGUGGCUCGCGCCGAAGCCCCGAUGGAGUUGUACCACAAAGAGUUCGCCAGCGCCGGCCAGAAGGCUGGCUUGCAGAUCUGGAGGAUAGAGAAGCUGGAUCUGGUGCCGGUGCCGGCGCCUUUGCACGGCAACUUCUACGUGGGGGACGCCUACUUGGUGCUGCACACCGUCAAGAAGAGCAACGCCACUUUCUACAAUCUGCACUAUUGGCUAGGAAAAGAAUGCAGUCAGGAUGAAAGUACAGCAGCAGCAAUCUUUACGGUUCAGAUGGAUGAUUACCUUGGAGGAAAGCCUGUACAGCACAGGGAAAUCCAAGGAUAUGAGUCUACACAGUUUGUUGGUUAUUUCAAAGGUGGCAUCAAGUAUAAGGCAGGUGGUGUUGCCUCUGGUUUUAAACACGUAAUCACAAAUGACUUAAGUGCACGGAGACUUCUGCACAUCAAGGGCCGGAGAGUGGUGAGGGCCACCGAAGUCCCUCUCAGCUGGGAGAGCUUCAACAAAGGAGACUGCUUUAUUGUUGACCUUGGAACA